AUGUCGAAAAAGCUUAAAAGAACUAACCUAUUCAGUAAAGACAUUGCAUCGCUGUUAUAUGCCUAUGGUGAUAGCCCACAGCCUUUGGUAGAGACCGUACAGUGUGUAGACGAACUGGUUUCGUCAUAUCUAUCUGAUAUAUGCACAAGCGCAUAUAAAUGCGCUCAGACAGUUAAUAGGACUAAAAUAAAAGUAGAAGACUUUAAAUUUGUACUGCGAAAUGAUCCUGUUAAAUUGGGGCGUGCAGAAGAACUGAUAAUGAUGAAUAAGGUGAUAGCGGACGCGAGAAAGCAGUUUAAUAAUCUGGAGGGCAAAUCUAUGAAAAGGACGACGCAAAACGACGAUGAGCUAGAAGACAUCCGGGAGGAAGAUGGAGAGGAUGCCUCCUUAAAUGCGGGGAGCGCACCGGAGCCGGUCAAGAGAGGUAGGAAGCCAAAGAAGAAGAAGACUAACGCAGCGGCCAAGGCUUAG